AUGCCGUUUGUAACUCCAUAUUAUACGCAGGGAGGAACAGGGGGAGGUGGUAGCUAUGGUUCCAGCUAUGGAGGGCAACCAUAUUAUGCAUCUCAGCGAUCAUAUGGCAUUCCAAAAUAUGAUAUUGGAGGACGCACCGUAACAGCAUCUACCUCCCCUGGUUACUCAAAGAGUGCUGGGAGCACUUAUGGAUCCUCUCUCGGUACCGGGGACUAUAAGAGCCAAGCUACGAGCUACUCCGGCGGUCUAGACAGAAUUGGCAGCUAUUCGGGGGGCUUGGAUAGGCAUGGCAGCUACUCAUCAUUGGACAGAGCAUAUGGGGGGUCGUAUGGUUCACGUGAUAGGUAUUCCUCCGCCGAUAGAGGCUAUGGAGGAUCUGGAUCACGUGAUACGGGAAGAUACAGCUCAUUGGAUAGAUACUCCUCACGGGGAGGCUCGGAUUAUGGUUCAAAUUAUGGGGAUUCGUAUAAGACUGGAUAUGCGUCAGAUUAUGGUGGGGGUAGUACCAAAUCAUAUGGAUCAUGGGACAGGAACUAUCCUAAGUACUCCAUUGGAACUAUGUCGACCCCUGUUAGUAGAGACCCCUCUCCUGCAUCUUCUUAUGGCAGCGGAUCACCUUACUCUUCACUUUCAAGAUCCUCUUACAAUAGCAAACCAAGAGACUUUAACGUAUCCUCACUUGCUUCAUACUUUGAUAAACCAUCUUAUUCUAGUUCAUCACGUGACCCGUCUUCGUCACGGGCAAGUGGAUAUUCAUCACGUGAUACUUCUUCCUCGCGGUAUGAUAGGAGUAGUUAUGAUAGACAACCAUCGUAUGGUUCAAGCUAUGGAAGCAAUAAAGAUUCAUAUAGUAGACAAAGUUCAUAUGAAAGACCAUCAUAUUCUUCACGGACAAGUACUUCAGUACCCUCAUACUCUAGACAAUCCUCAAGGGAAAUGGCUUAUACAAGUCCAAAAUCAAAGCCACCAGCUAUUGUCAUACAACCAAAAACUAGCUCUAGUUCGAGUGAGUCAUCUGAGGAAUGCUCUUCAGAUUCGGAGAGAAGGGCAAAAGGACAGACUUUAACCUAUAGAACCAGUAGGGGCACGUCUCCUGUGGAUUUCGACAAUGGGCGAUCAAGGUCACGGAAACCUAGAUCCAAACAUAAGGUUGCUAAGAAGAAGACGCAGGCUAUACCUAAGUCAGAGCCUGAGAUUAAAUUUGUGAAUGGAAAAAGAGUUGUUGUUGAGCCAAGUGUGUCUAAAACUGUUGAAUGUUCUUGUCAAACGGAAGACGAUCCACAAUCUCCCACUCGCUCAAAACAAAAGGAUACCACUGGUGAUUAUGAAAGUGAUACAUUUUAUAAAUACUAUGAGAAAUAUGUAGGAAGUGGAUAUCAUAGUAAGCCAUCUACUGCAAGCAAUACAUAUUCAUCAGGAGAUUCUAGAGGAGGACGGAGUUCUACCAGUAGUACCCCAAGUUAUUCAAAAUACAAAGAUAGGGGCUCUACUAGCUCACAACCAGAUUCACCGACUAAAACGUCCUGGAGGGAUCAAGUUUAUGGGGACGAUGCACGUAAGAAAACUGAAAGGACUCAGGCUGACCCUGCACCUGCGAGUGUUGAGAGAAAGACUGAAACGGUGGAGCAGAUUGACACUGCUGAAGACAGAAGGCAGAAGAGGCUAGAACGCAGAAGAAAGCAACGUGAGGCAGAAGCUGCUCUUAAUAGGAAAGAAUCAUCUCCACCACCACCACCGGUGGAGGAUCCAAACAGAUCAAACCGUAGUAGACCAAGGGCAGAAGAAGCACAGCCUGAAUCAAGACCAGAUUCUAGAAGGGACAGGCAUCUUCAACCUGAGACAAGACCUGACUCCGGAAAAGGAAACCAGCUUAGAGAUGAGCAUCCAGAACCUCAGAAACUGCAGCCUGGACAAAGAAGGCAGGAUGCCAGAAGAAUUGAAUCUGAGGCGAAGAGAAAUAGAAGAAGGGCUGAGCGAGAAGAAGCCGAGCGUCAAGAAGCACUGAAAAGACAACAACAGCAACAAUUACAACAGCAACAACAGGAGCAAAGACGGAGGAGGAAAGAAGAGUUGGAAGAGACAUCCAGGAGACAAAGGCCAGAAUCUGACACUCGAAGAAGAAGGAAGCAAAGGGAGAUCGAAGAAGCAGAGAGACUUGCAAAUCAGUCUCGUUCUAUGGAAAACAUGGGGCCAGAUGGAGCUCCUUUAACACCUGAUACAUUAGGUAUGCGUGAAAGUAUAGAUAAGGUCGCUCAGUGGAAGGAGCAGAUAAGAAGAGAGAAAGCACAACAAGACCAGGCACUCUCCCCUAACUCUCCACAUGCGUUAAAGUCUGGUGUAGGUAGCAUGACAUCAUACCAAGUGAGACGCCGUGCACCUCUUCAGGGAGACUUAAAGCAAAAACCUUACCAGCCAAAGAACAGACCGAUGGGUGAUAACAGAGAGAGUUAUGAGAGGGGCCCAUUACGAAUACAUGGACAACAGUAUGAGACUGACUCAGAGAUGGAAGGUUACUAUGAACAGGUGCCCCAUCGAGCUUAUGAACCUCACCAUCGUCCUGGCGAUGAAACAUCUGAAUUUGAAUCAGAUAUUGAUGUUGUUCCUGAAAUGCCACAAAACAGGCAUUCACGUGCAUAUGAACCUCGAACUGCAAGAAAUAUUGACUAUCCUGAUACAUCUGACAGGGAUUCGCCAGAACCUGAACACCACAGGAUGUCACGCUCGUCAAGUGGUUCAAGUAGACACCUAUCAGAUACUAGACCACCAAAUUAUCCCAAUGAAGGUGGUAAUGAAGUACCUUUUGCAAGAGAUCACUCUCCAAACAGGGAUAAAAGAUACCAUAGAAGGAAAUCAUCCCGACAUGGAUCCAGUGAUAGCGUAUUUUCAAGAGAAGGCAGUCCACAUAAUAAAGAUUUUAGAAAAUCUGAGUUAAAUGCAAGUGGAGAGAGACUGGAUAAUCAGGGAACAUUUUCUCCUAGAAGAAAGAAUUCUGGUAGUUCCUCGGAUGCUUUUUCAAGAGACGUAUCUCCAAAUAGACUCACAGCUCGGCAGUCAUCCCACGAUAAACUUUUAAAAGCUGGAUCACAAGAAAGACCUGGUUCAGCAGGAAGAUCACGAGGUCACCAUCUCGAAAGGGGAAGUGAUACAGACAGCUCAGUUGGGUUUUACAGAGAGGAGUCUCCUAAUGUACAUCAUGAACAGCACCAUCAUGGAGAUCGACCCAAACGUGGACAGAGGCAUCCACCGAGAACUUAUGCAGGAGUUCCAGAAUUCCCAACUGAGGAAGAAGUGGAGCAAUCAGUAAGAGUGUUUAGCAAGCAAAGACCUGAUGGUGAAACAUUCUAUAGGGAUGGAACACCCGAUGAGGAUGAGGAAUGGGCCUCAAAAUCGAGGAAACCACGCAACAGGCCACCGUCACCAUAUGAAAAUGCCGAGCCUAAGAAGAUGAGCGUCAAUGAGAGAUUGGAACAAAGACGUCUAGAGCGCCUAAAGGCGAAGGAAAUGCCUAAAAGGAAUGUAAGAGAAGAGUCUCCAUAUGACAACACAGACAAGGAAGAUUUACCUCCCCUAAGGAUUGUUGAACCUCAGGAUGAAUACCCCGUUCAGAUGGACUUUAGAACAAAACAGCUCCACAAGCAACAAGAAGAUCAACGACGUGAGGAGCAGCUAAAACGACAGUAUGAGCACCAGCGUCAGCUUCAGGAAGAACAGGACCGUCUGCAUGAAAAGGAGAAACAACGCCAACGUCAAAUUCAACAAGAGAGAGCUUACCAACAAGAACAACUUGAAUAUGAACGUCAACGUGAACUUGAAUCACUUAAGCGGUUAAAGAAAAGCCAGGAGGAGAAACAAAGACGCAAGCUGGAACCACAAAUGCGCCACGGUGAAAGCCUUGACGAUAUAAAGCACGCCAGAUCAAUGGAACAACUAAAUGUACCACAGGGUAGGAUGCGUCAUGCAGAAUCGAUGUCAUCUAUCAGCACAAUGGAUGACAGACCUAGAUCCUCGAAAUCUAACCUUAACAAGGGAAGGUCAGUUAGCGUUACUGACAUGUUGCAUAGUGACAGUGAGGACCCUGGUUCACGAAGAAAGGGAUUAAUAAGUGGAGUAUGCGAUAUUGAUAGCCUGCUUGGUUUUACAGAAGAUGACUUUACCGACGACUUUACAAGUGAUGAUGAAUGGUAUGAUGCUUACGCUGGGACCAAAGAAUCAGUGCUAUCUCCUAUUACUGAAGAUAGCAAACGUAUAACUGAUGAACCCACACCUUCUGGCCCCGAGUUUAUCAGUGAUAUAACGAGAACAGAUGGUUAUAUCAGUCAUUUUCAUGACAUCGAUGAACUACUUGGAGAUGAAGAAGAGGAAGAAGAAAAGGCCAAAGAAGCUGAGAUGGCAAAGCAGAAAGAAGGUCAAAAAUCUAGUGAUGAUGAAUUUCAUGAUGCUCAGGAUAUAUUAGAUGAGGAAGGGCAUGUAAAAGCAAGGACAGCCAUGAAGGACAUCGAUGACCUACUAGGCCUACAACGACUGGAUACUGUUGAUGAAACAGAAGAAGAUAAAAAUCUUAUGGAUACGGAUACCCCACCUGAAGGUGCUGAGAUGAAGGUCAAAGUAACACCUGCUGCUGUAUCACACACUCUCCUAGAUGCUCCAAUUCCACCGACUCCAGAUCCAGUUCUUUCACCCAAUCAGAUGUCUAAAUCACCUCUUGAUGCAGCCAUACAAAAACAAGCUGAAAACCUCUCAACACGAAUGUAUCAAAGUACGGAACAGUUGAACAAACUGGGAACAGGAAAAGGAAAGGGUACGCGUGGAAGGGGGAGAGGUAAAACACGAACUAGGUCUGUUGAAGCACUUGAUGACCUUGAUAACCUUCUUACCACACUAACGUCAUCUCCUUCCACCAAAAGACGUCAUCAAGCUGACACGUUUGAUUUGUUUAAUAAGGACGCCAAAGAGGAACUCAAAUCAGAUUAUGAAGCGUCUGAUGUUGAAGGAUCACUUGGACGAAAAAAGAAAGGAAAAUCCCAAUCACAAGAUCAGCUCAUAAACAUCGAUGACGAAACUCCUUCUUCAGAGGAUGAUGAAGAUGGCUUUGGAUUUCUCACACCAGCUACUGUCAAAAAGGAAAUCAAAGAACAACAUAAACAGUAUGAGAAGGACAAAUUAAAAGGUCUUGUAAGACCAUCCGCCUUGGACCUUUCAGGUGCAACAGAUCACGAUCGAUUCGCCCCUCCUCCAAGGUCACCAGUUGGUGUAAGAAAGACAAGAAGACACGAACUGAGGGCAAUGUUACUAAUGAUCCAAAGGGCGAAGGGCAACAUCCCCAUUACAGACAUACUAUCUCUGUGCCAAAAGCCAUCUCUACCUGCUAUAUUUAGACUGAAGUUGGAACAAGAACAUGAUGUUGACUUCAAGGGGUAUAGAUCAGCCAAUGAGCUUCUGGAUAGCAUGGGUGUUGAUAUAAAGAGGGUAAGCAUAUCCUACAAACAAGGCAUUGACAUGCAAAAUGUCACCGUCUGCUAUUCGUUACAGUCGCCGACCGUCAAACACCAACCGCCAAACACAUCCACAUAAAAGUGACAUUGCAUUUCAGCUCAGAGGUUCUUGCAAUGAGUUUAAUCAUAUUUUGCUAAGUUUGGGUGUAUCAAUACCCUCUCACCAUUAAAUGGGAUAUAACCAAAGAUUUAGUUGUGGUAUAAACAUGACUUAAGUGGCAAGGGGU